AUGCAGAGCUUCACUCUCUCAAAUUGCCAAUCUGGCUCCACUGCAGCUUCACGCUUCACGGCUCGGGUCCACGUGGGAGUGCUUUCUAACCCUCGACUCCUGCCCCAGCCCGCCAGCCCGCCACCCUCUUCGCUAGCGAACAGCACGCGCUCUUCCUCACUCUCGCCCCCUCCCUCCCCACCUCGUGCGCCUCCUCCCUUACCCCUCCACCAGGCGGCGCGAGCUGAGCCUCGUACCCGUCCCUGCGGCUCUGCUCCCCCCACCCCGCCACCGCCUUCCAGCGCGCUCCCGCCCGCCUGUCGAGAGGGGAAGGGGAGGGGGCGCACAAGCUCCCGGCCCGCCCCCCUCCCGCCCACCAGCCGAGGGCGCUUCUGCCAGCGCGGGGCCGGAGUAGUCUCGGCUGUUGGAACGGUGGGGCCGCAGCCGCCGCAGCCGGUAACAGCCGCCGCGCGAGCGGGUGCAGGCGGGGGACUUCGCCCCGGGCUGGGGUCUCUCGCUCAGCCCCCCGCGAGUCCGGCCCCCGGGUGGGGCAGGUGGAGGGAGCUCAAGGUAGGACCCUCCCUCCGAAGCCCCCGGGAGCGAAGGCGCAGCAGCUGCCCCAGCUCCCGAGCAGGCGGGGAUGCGCAGGGCGGGGGUCACGUCGUAAGUCCCGGACCGGAGCCGGAGCGAGUCCCCGGUACUGCUGCACAUACAAAUCUAGUGUGGCCAAGGAAAUCGAGCCAUUUCGGUGCUUCUGGCACGCGCCCAGCGUUCGCCAGGCGUUACCUCGGUAGCCAAGCAAAGGACGCGGACUGGGACGCGGACGCGGACUGGGCGGUCUCAGCAGAAUUCCCUUGGAAGAUGUCUCGGCGCAGUGAGCGCCUGCGCCUCCGGUACCACCUACACGUUGAUGGAGAUGGCGGCGGCAGCAGCACCAGCAGCAGUGGCUGCAGUUCCCCUGUGGUCGGCCAGCACAUUCAAUGCAAUGACAGUUCCCUCAGGACUCGGAGGAGGAAGUCAAGUAGGGUCAAAGGCCUCUCACCAUCCCCUCUCCUGGCCACAAUCACCUGCAGCACCCCUGGAUCCUCCUCAGGAUAUAGGUCUGAGGAUGACUGUGCAGGGCACUCGCUUUUGGACCAGCCUGGCUCUGCAUCCAACCUAAAGAACAGGGCUUCCCCAGGUGGCCCUUCCUUCUGGAUGGCCAUCCACUUCUCAGGUUGGCUCUUUGGCCUGCUCCGCUGGUGCCUUCAUAACACCUGGUACCGCCUGACCACAGCUGUCUCCCUGCAGGACAUCUAUGUUUUCACCAGGAGCUUUUCCACUGGGAAGAAGUUGCUCCUCUCUGUCUUGGGCAUGCUGUUUCUUGUGGCUUUGCUGGAUUAUGGUGCUUGGUAUUUCUACCCCUCUGGACUCCGGACCUUCCACCCUGCUAUGCUCUCCUGGUUGGCAGCAAAGGGUAGCAGCAGGAGACAGGACGUGUGCGAAUCAGGAGAAUUCACACCAGAUUUCCAGGAGCUGGAAAGCGGGGUGCUGCAGCACAUGUCUGAGUGGCAAGGUUUGUCCCAGGAAGACUCCCAGGACAAAAGGCCAAAGGAGAUGGCUUCCCUGGAGGCCCAGCUGGCUGGCCUGAGGCAGGAGCUGGCGGCCAUCAGCCAGAGACAGGCUGCAAUGGCCCAAGAAAUCCACCUUUGGCGAGAAAAGAUGGUGGCCCUGCGCAGUGAUAUGGAGUCUCACGUCCCAGCUUUAAUCCAGGAAUACUUUGUUGGAGACAAGGGCACUAAGGCCGGACUUACACAGCUAGAGGAGGUGCAGGCUCAGCUUUGGGACCUGGAGCAAAGACUCCUCAGGCAUAUGGCAGAGGAGCAGGACAAGACUGCCAGCAAAGUUGCUGCUGACUUGAGGCUGACCCUUCUGGAAGAAGGAGUGACCACGGGGGUGACAGAGGAGGAAGUGCGUGAGAUCGUGCGGCAGGCCCUGAAACUGUAUAGUGAAGAUCGCAUUGGGCUGGUGGAUUAUGCCUUGGAGUCCUCAGGGGCCAGCAUCCUCAGUAGCCACAGCUCAGAGACCUAUGGCACCAGGACGGCCGUAAUCAGUCUGUUUGGUAUCCCCUUGUGGUAUCAUUUCCAGACCCAAAGAGCCAUCAUCCAGCCAAAUGUCUACCCCGGCAACUGCUGGGCAUUCCGGGGCCCCCAGGGCUUUGUUGGGGUUCGCUUGUCUGCCCGCAUCCACCUCACUGCCGUCACUUUGGAGCACGUGCCCAGAGCCCUGUCCCCAGUCAGCAACAUCACCAGCGCCCCCAAGGACUUCGUCAUCUUGGGGCUCAAUGAAGAUUCCCAGGUGGAAGGGGUGGCCCUGGCGAAGUUCACCUAUGAUAAUGCUGGGGAGGCCAUUCAGACCUUCCACUUUCAGGGCAACGGCACAGCCCCAUACCAGCUGGUACAGCUUCAAGUUUUGAGCAACUGGGGUCACCCGGACUAUACUUGCAUUUACCGCUUCCGGGUCCAUGGCAAGCCUGCCAAUUAGAACCUCCCUGCCGGGUCCCUUCACCCUUUCCUCUGUCAGCCACAAGCAAGCAGUUCUCCCACCUCCUCGUCCCUUCUGGCCACUGUGACUUCUGGGAAAGAGACAGAACGUGGGAGCCCACCUCCCUGGAGCCAUCUUGCCCCACCAAGCCCUCUAUGAUAUGGAGGAGACCACCAGCUGAGCAAGUUCUGUUUCAAUCCACAGCAUCUGCAGUGUCAGGUGCCUCAGCUCCCUGCCAAGCCCUGCCUACCUCCAAGACGUGUAGAAAGAGCUCUGUAGUAGAUGUUGGGGGGGUGGUAGGGAGUAGUCAGGGCCUUGCUAUGCUCAGCAGCAGUCCCACAGAAACACAGCUUACACCACCCUGGGUCUAGGGCAAGGAAUUUGGUGCAGUAAGGGCAUGAUAAACUGGGCAGCGGCAAAGGGCAGACUGGGAGCCAGUCCCACAUGGGCACACUCCAGCAGGUGGCUAAUGCCGCUCUCCAUGGGACCUUGCAUGGUUCUCUUUACCACUGGCAAUGAUGGGUGCAGUCUUUGAAAUCCGAAGAAGUACCUGGGAAUGACCGCACCUGUCUGUGCUUUUGAUUCUAACAAGGCCAAUGGCCUGGAUGUCAGGGAAGUUCUGCCCCCAGGAUUACCUGCACUGGCAUUUAGUACGGCAGCUGGGGAUGUACCCAUGGCUUGGUGGCCCCUCCUACCCACUGGGGCUUCCUUUAGAGAGGACUGGAAGGUUGCAGGUGUGUGGCAAAGGCAGUAGCAUUACAUACACAAGUCAUCAUGAAUUAGCUACUGCUGAAAGGAAGCUGGGUCCAGAGUACAGCUACCAGCCAUGGGGAGAAGAACUUCCCCUAUGCCGCUGGUACGAGAUGUCUCCUGCCUGCCCCUCGAGAGCCCAGAGACCCUCAUUCUCCACUCUAGCCAUGCUUUUAUCCACCUCCUCACCUGGAGCUCAGUCACUGUGCUCUCUCCUUUGGGACCAUCAGCUCCUGUGGUUGUGGCUAUGGGAGGAAAGAGACUGGCCAGGAUACUGUUGGAUUGGCCUUUCCCUAUCCCUGUCUAGGGCUGGCAUUGAGCUGAUGCUGUCCUCUAUCCUUGAGGCAAACAUGACAUGCCUCAGGUGCCUCUGCAGGGAAACAGGGCAUUGGAGGCUCAUCAGUCUUUUACCCUCAGCUCGGAUUCUAGUUCUUUUUCAGCCACAUUAGCAUAUGGGGAGGUUGAAUGGGAUAGGGUUGGGGGAGGGGCUUGUUGAAGCUAAGUCUGGGAUGGGGGAGGGAGGGAGGGGAAAUGUUUUCGGCUUCCUGGCCAAUUGUAUUAAAUAUAGAGAGAUGUUUGUAUUUCUAUACAGAUUUAUUUCAUGGUUCCUUUUCAUCAGACAGAAAAGCUAUGGGCUUCAUUCCUGGGUGCCUCCCCAGGUCCCCAGAGUGAUAGUCACUGCAGCCCCAGCUUGGGGGUGGGGGGCUGACCAUGAAACAUGGAUGUCCACCGUAGUAUUGCUGUGCUUUCUGCCUCUUACCAUCAGGAGGGAAGGCAGCGGUUCACAUCACAGGGCUAGCCACUGAUUCCAGAAGCUACCAGGGGCAGCCCACUCUUCUGCAUUUUCCACUCUUCAGGGGCAGCAGCAGUAGGUGUGAAGCUGCCCCUCAUGCCCAGUCUGCUCGCUCAGCUUUUGUCACCACCCCAGGAAGUUAGGAUAUGAGCAGCCCCACAUAGGAACUUACAGAUAGCUUACCUCUUCCUCAUCACAAAGACUGUUGAAUUCUCUAGUUUUAUUUAGUUAUAGACAUAUGCUUAUUUCAUUCCCUAGUUUUAUUUCUCUUGUUUAAUUUUCUAGUUUUAUUUAGUUAUAGACAUAUUCUUAUUUGGGCUUAUGCAAUAAUAAAUAUUCUCUUGGA